GUAGUGUAUGACAAAAUCUUUUACAGACCAAUGAUAGGUACCCACAUUACUUGCACGUGCGCGUGCGCAGUGGUGCGCAUUUCAAGUCUUGAUGGUUCAUUCAACUUCACCUUUGACUACAUACAAUUUAGUCAUCGAUGAACGACAGUUGUUCGUCGAACGUCUUUGUUCUAUAAAUCGCUAUUAUAGACGACAGAUAAUACAAAUAGCAAUGAGAAUAAUUCUACUUCUUAGCCUUGUGGCUAUAAUCUUUUGUUUGGCCGCUCAUGCUGACGAUAAGGCAGUUAAAGGACCAAAAGUAACUGAUAAGGUGUGGUUUGACAUCCAAAUUGGUGGUAAAGAUGUUGGAAGGGUUGAAAUUGGUCUCUUUGGAAAUACAGUACCUAAAACAGUACAGAAUUUUGUUGAACUUUCUAAGAAACCUGCUGGAGAAGGAUACAAAGGAAGCAAAUUCCAUAGAGUUAUUAAAGAUUUUAUGAUUCAAGGAGGUGAUUUUACUAAAGGAGAUGGAACUGGAGGACAUAGUAUUUAUGGUGCUAGAUUUGCUGAUGAGAAUUUCAAGUUGAAACAUUAUGGCGCUGGAUGGUUAUCUAUGGCAAAUGCUGGUAAAGAUACCAAUGGUUCCCAAUUUUUCAUUACUACUGUACAAACUCCAUGGUUAGAUGGCAGACACGUUGUUUUUGGAAAAGUAAUUAAAGGAAUGGAUAUUAUUAAAAAAAUAGAAGCUGUAUCUACCGAUAGUCGAGACAAACCAACAGAGGAUGUUGUUAUUAGCAACAGUGGAGCAGAAACAGUACCAGAACCAUUUGGGGUAUCUAGAGAUGAUGCUACUCAAUAAAAAUCAAUUUAUGUAAAAAAUAUGUGCAUGGCGGUUAUGUUACUAA